AUGACAAAUUAAAUUUUUCUUCUUGAUUUUUAACAUUUUAACUUCACCGAAAAUAAUGGGUAUAUUAUUACAUCAAAAUUUACAUGGUGGAUCUUGAAUAUGUAGAGAUGUAAGAAACUAUUUGUAGAUACUAUGAUUCGACAUAUUGAAGGCUUGGGAGGGGACUCUUAGUUCUCUACUGUUCAUUUAACUUUUAAUAGCAUAGAAAUUAUCGGGGGAUUGAAGGUAGGCACAAAUCUAAAGCCAGCGUCGACCAUUUCAAACCUUAAAAAUAUUUCACAAAAAUCCCCCAUUUUCCAUCCAAUCCUUUCAUUUUUCUGAAAAUCUUCAUCAAAGAACAAGAAAACCAAAUUGAAAGAGAUGGGAAGUCUAUGCAAAGUGGUAGAUACGCUGCUAUUGGUGGCGUUCCUAGCGGCGUUUCUAAUGGCACCUCUAAUAUGCGCCCAGACAGUGUUGCAGGAAAGCAGCUUCCCGGAGGCGCUAAUUCACCUGAAACAAUGCUACUCCGAUGACUUCCAAGAUUAUUUGAUGGCGGAGAAGCCUCAUUUCUUCGUGGCACUGGUUUGGUUGGAGCUUACUUUCCAAUGGCCUUUGGCUUUACUUAACAUUUAUGGGAUUUUAGCAUCCAAAUCUUGGUUUAACACCACUUGCCUUAUCUAUGGCGCCUCUGUUAUCACCUCCGUGAGUGCUGUAUUAGGAGAGCUGAUAGGAUCGCACAAGGCAUCAGAAAAAUUGUUGCAGUUGUAUUGGGUAUUCAUGGGAGCGGGUGUUGUAGCCAUGCUACGGGGGCUGGUUCCACAAUCUAGCAAGACUCCAAUCAUUGGGAAAAGACCAGCGGCUGGUAUGGGUAGGAAGAAGAGGGCUUGAUCCAGUCGGAGAAAUAGAAUGCCCCAACCAUCCCAUAUCUCUUAUCCAAAUUACACUUUUUUUUUUUCUCAUAAUAAAUUAGUAUAAUAAACUAAGAUUCAGGUCAGUACUUUCCAACUCAUUACUCAACAAUACAUUCUCGUCUUCUUUGGAUUAUAUUAUUUGUCUUUACUAUAUAGCUAAUCAGUGUAUAAAUAAAAACAAUCUUGGUCAAAUUGCUCAGCAGAACAUGACAAUAGUUAGGAAAUAGAACAAAAAAGGGGUCAUGUAGCAGGAAAGAUUGAAUGAAAAUUUGGACAAGACUUUUAAGUUGACAAGUUACGUUUUAAAAUUAAACAUUUGGCUUUUUUUAUUUGAAUUUAACCUUAUCAAUAGUGAGUGUGGUGUACAUAGGUAAUGAUCUUGUUAAUGUAUAAAUUUGGGACAUUUUAACCAUGCUUGUGUUGUGUGUAUAUAUAUUUUCUUGAAAAUUCAAGAGUUAAUAAUUAUGUAAAUUGAAGAUGAAUAUGCAGGGAGCAGAGCUAUAUUAGGGGAGAUGGCGGAAAGCAUUAGAUAAAUUGAUGAAGAUUUGGUGAAAGGGCUUCAGGUUUCUUAGUCUCAACCAUUGCCAAAGGGCCCGCUCUGGCUACCAAAAUAUUAGAGGGCUUCUUUAAUUUUACAAUUACAUUUUUAUAAGUGCUAUUGUGUGAUUGGGAAAUAUUACAUUAGAAAGCUGAAUAUUUUGAGGGUUUUCGCAGGAUAACUAUAUCUUUAGUUCGGACUACUUUA